AACUCUAUAGUCAUUAAUUUUUUUUUUGCGAUUGUUGUUGUGCGGGUUUGUUAUUUAUGUCAAUGUCACAAAUUUAUAUUUUACAGUAACCCAUUUUGUACUGAAAAUGAGAUAUUUUUCAAAUUUAUUUCCUGACAAAAAAGGUUUCAUUACUUUUGUCUUGUACAUUGUACUAUUUGUAUUUCAGGGUGUAUUUGUAACGGCUUCUAAAACAAAAUCUGGAGGAUACGCUUACAACACUACACUUGUUGUUUUCUUCUCAGAACUACUGAAGCUCUUUGCAUCGGCAAUCCUAUAUUCGUAUAGGCGGGACCAAAAUGACCCUACUUGUCAUCUAAACAAAAAUUACAUCAAGUCUGCUGAAAUGAAGACCAACCAUGUUAAACGAAAUCAUUAUUUUUCUAGGAACAAACCGCGACUAUUUAAGGCAAUACUUAUAAAUCAUGAGCUGCUCCUACUAUACUUCGUGCCAUCUUUGCUUUAUUGUUUUUAUAAUAAUCUAGCAUUUAUAAAUUUAUCCCAUUAUGAUCCAACUUCAUAUUAUGUUCUUCUUCAGUUUAGAAUUGUUGUCACAGCACUACUAUUUCAGUUCUUGUUUCAGAAAAAGUUGACGAGCAUCCAGUGGGCAUCAUUGGGGGUCCUUACAUUUGGCUGCAUAUUAAAGAACAUUGACGCUGCUACAAUGGACAACCAAAAGGAUGCGAACGUCUGGUCACAAAUAUUCAAUAUUUAUUUUUGGUCUAUUAAUUUUCAAAACUUUUGCUCAUGUUUGGCGGGUACAUACAACGAAUAUUUAUUAAAAACAAAAGGCUCUGACGUAGAUAUCUUUCUGCAAAAUGUUUUUAUGUACCUUGACUCAGUAUUAUGUAACUUUUUUGUGUUAAUGUUCAAAGGAGAACUAGUAACUAUAUUUGAAGAUCUUCCCUCUCUCUGGGAUGUGUUUGUGAUACUUAUCACUGUUAACAGCGCUAUUGUAGGAAUAGUCACAAGUUUUUUCUUAAAGAAUCUCAAUUCUAUAUUAAAGUCCUACGCUAGUGCGUUAGAAUUAGUAAUAACAGCAGUGGUUUGUUACUUAAUAUUCAAUAUUUACAUAACGUGGUUUACUAUCAUUUCUAUUGGUUUAGUCAGUAUUGCUGUAGGUAUGUACUUUAAAAAUCCUGUAGUAAAUAUAAGUCCCAGUUCUGUGGAUAAAGAUAGUAAACCUCUAUUAAAUGUGGUUACUGAAGCAUAGGUUAGUUGGGAUAUAAAUGGACGGGGAAUGGAAACGAUCUCCAUGGUGGAUUUGAAAGGCUGCUACCUCGGCCCGCGACCCGCUGCGUUCGCGAUCGCCCAGCGUCAGGGUCGCGAGUUGCGGCUAGCGGCCAAAUUCAAGCGAACACAUAUUCAGUUUGUACCUACUAUUUACAGAAUAUUAAACUGUGUAACUACUUGAUUCUCAUAUCAGAAAUACAUGCAUGUUCCACUUCCGGCCAAGUAGAUGGGUAAUGGUUCGAAUUUUAGUAGUACAAUUUUGAAAAAAUAUAUUUUUACAUUGAUUUAAGUAAGUAGGUACAUAAUAUUUUGUUACAAAAAAGUGAAAAAAAAUUAUGUGUAACAUUUUUUUCACCGGAUUUAUACCUAUAUGAGUUUAGAUUAACAGCUCCCCGUCCAUUACAUUUUUUUAAAAUUAGCUGUGCCUUAAUUAAACUUAAGGUUAUACUUGACCAGAUCUGUUUAGAAUUAUUAUGGUACAAUUUUUAAAAUGUGGUACAUCUGUAUGUUUCUGUAUUUCAAGCUAGUGUAAGAGUUCUUAUACAAAAGUAGUUUAAAAUUACUCGCUAGACAUAAUAACGAUCUGGAAUUACAUUAUAUUCAGUAUUGUUUUAUCAACUUUUUGGAACACAAAUUAGCAAUCUUAAUGAUAUGUAUGUACAAUGUAUAUAGGAGUAUAUAUAUAUGUAUAGUGAUGAGGUAAACAAAUCGCAAAAGUAGUUAGUGUAAAUAAUAAUUAUGUGUGGUCACACACAAACGUACCAAUACCAAAGGAUCUCAUACCUGUGAAAAGCCUACCUAUGUAAAUAAAACAUAUAGAAGUAACUUUUGUGCACAUAAACAUACACAAAAUUUAUAUCCAGUUUGUGCCCAAGCGUAAAGCCAUAUCAGAUACCGGUCCGCGCGGCCCCUAAAUGUUCCAAAUCCACACUAAGUAUACCCCAUUUGUUUAGAUAUUUAAAUGAAUGUUGACAAGUAUUUUAUUGAAAUACACACAUUAAAAAUCUUUGCUCACUUAGUAUUAAUAAGUAUUGUAGAAAUUGUAAAUUGCAAUUUAUAAUGUGUUAUUUUGAAAAUGUGUGUUUCAAUAAGAGACAUUAACGUUAUUCAAAAUAAAUUAAGGUAAAGUAUGUAAUAACGCACUAAAAAUCAUUGAGUUCGUAUAAUAUUUAGGGAUAGAAGAACGUUUUCUCUUUAUGUGUGGUCUGCUGGAGUGACUUAAUAUUGCUUUUGGUCUUUCUUUUUGCAUUUAGUUAAAACAUUUUAUGACAGACCCAGAAAAAAAAUAUUAUAACAAUCAUAUUAUUUUUUGAAUAUGUAUUACAUUUAUAUGCUUCAGGAAUUUGUGUUAUUAAAAGCUGUUGUUUUUGUGA